AACGAUGCAUCUUUUAUUUCCGUGCCCAUAGAGAAUUAAAAAAGGAAAACGGAAAAAAAAAAAAAUUGACUUUUUGUAUUAAGUUAAAGUGCAGAUUUUGAGAACUCUAAUAUUUUUUUCUAAGAAUUGUUUAAAUCUUAUCAGCUAAACUCUCAAGCUGGAAUCUAGGGGUCUGGAUAGAAUCAUCGUUGGUUCCAACGCGCAACUGCAAAAGAAAAAAUGGGGAGUGUUAGUUUGGAGCAUUAUAGUCUGAUGGAGAGGUCUCAAACUUAUUUUCGUGAUUUGUGGUCGACCAAGAAGAAGAGAAGUGUUAGAUUAUUCAAGUCCAAAGAGGCCUGCAAGAGCUCGAGGCCUGCGAUUUUGAGAGUCUAUUGUCGGAAAAGGAAGCAUUCGACAGCCUUGGAAAGCAAUGCUGCCAAAAGAAGCAGAGUUGAAGCUGUUCCUAAGGAGGUGGAGCAACAACACUCUCAUCAUGAUGAAAUCAUGUAUAGUGAUUGGAUUACUAAGCGGAGGAUCACUGUGGAAAAUAGGGGUGAUAAGGGUUAUGAAGAUCAGAGUUCUGGAAGAUUCGCUAGUAAAAGGAAGAGACGACCUGAAGCAGAACACAAAGAAGAUAAGAAAUGGGAAGAAGAAGUUAAACUGGUUUCUAAGCUCGAGGCAACAUCAUCCCGAAGAAGGAGAGCUCCUGAAAAUGAAAAUGACACAGAUGUUACUUCUUCUCGGUCACGUUCGCCAGCUUCACAAGUAUCAGAUUCCCUUUUGAAAAAUGGCAGUCCUGAUGACUACCCAAGAAUCAAAAACACUUCAAAGGAGUCGAAGGAACGUCAUGCUAUUUGCCACCAGUGUUUGAAAGGGGAAAGGAUAACUCUUGUCAUCUGCAGUGAAUGUGAAGAUACCAUGUAUUGUCUUCAAUGUAUAAGGAAAUGGUAUCCACAGUUAUCUGAGGAUGAUGUCGUUGAUAAAUGUCCUUUCUGCCGCGAAAACUGUAACUGCAGCAGAUGCUUGCAUUUGAAUGGUUUAAUCAAGACAUCAAACAAGGAACUCUCAAGUUCUGAGAGACGCCAUCACCUCCAAUACUUGAUUGCAUUGAUGCUUCCAUUUCUGAAAAAAAUAUCUGAAUCCCAGAGUGAAGAGAUUGAAAUUGAGGCAAAGGUUCAAGGAAUACUGCCAUCUGAAGUUGAUGUAACUAGUGCAGUAAGCUAUUUUGAUGAACGUGUAUUCUGUAAUCAUUGUGCAACUUCAAUUGCUGACUUGCACCGGAGCUGCCCAAAGUGCUCUUACGAGCUUUGUUUAAACUGCUGUCAAGAGAUUCGUCAAGGAUUGAUCACUGAACGCCCUGAAAUUAAAUUGCAAUAUGUUGACAAAGGAUACAGGUAUAUGCAUGGUGACAUGGCGCCAAGCUUCUCCUCAGUAUCUGAGGAGCCAGAGGAGGAAGAAGCUAAACCAUCCGCUAAUUGGAAUCCCGGUUUUAACGGAAGCAUCACUUGUGCACCAAAAGAGCUAGGUGGUUGUGGUGAAUGUACGUUGGAGCUUAAGCGAAUCCUACCUCGGAAGAUGAUGUCAGACUUGGAACAAAAGGCUGAAACUCUCUUGGCAUCAUCAUACAUUAUAAGCCCUAGAGGGUUGAGCUGUAAGUGUUCUGCCUCGGAGACAGAUAUGAGAAGGAAAGCAGCUUCGAGGACGAGAUCAAGCGACAACUACUUGUUCUGUCCUGAUUCUCUUGAUGUCUUGAAGGAAGAAGAGAUUCUGCAUUUUCAAGAGCAUUGGGCAAAAGGUGAACCGGUUAUUGUCAGGAACGUUCUUGAUAACACACCUGGUUUAAGCUGGGAGCCGAUGGUUAUGUGGCGGGCUUUAUGCGAAAAUGCGGAUUCAUCAACAUCAACUUCUAAGAUUUCUCAAGUCAAAGCAAUUGAUUGUUUAUCUAAUUGUGAGGUGGAGGUCAAUGCUCGUGACUUCUUUCAAGGUUACAGAAAGGGAAGAUCAUAUGAAAACUUCUGGCCUGAGAUGUUGAAGCUAAAGGACUGGCCUCCUUCUGAUAAAUUUGAAGACCUUUUACCUCGUCACUGUGAUGAGUUCAUAUCUGCAUUACCAUUCCAAGAAUAUAGCGAUCCUAGAACCGGAGUUUUAAACAUUGCAGCAAUGCUUCCUGAAGGACUCAUCAAACCAGAUUUGGGUCCAAAAACUUACAUUGCCUAUGGGAUUCCAGAUGAGCUUGGUAGAGGCGAUUCCGUCACUAAGCUUCACUGUGAUAUGUCUGAUGCGGUUAAUAUACUGACGCAUACGUCUGAAGUAAUAUUAAGUCAAGAACAGAUAUCUGCUGUUAGAGAUAUAAAACAGAAACACAAGGAACAGAACAAGUUCGAAGAACAUGGCACUGGUAUUGCAUGUAGCCAAGAGGAAGAAGAACUGAACAUGCCAGAGAUUCUGAGCUAUGAAAAUAAUGAAACAGGAAGUGCUCUUUGGGACAUAUUUAGGAGAGAAGAUGUUCCUAAGUUAGAGGAGUAUCUGAGAAAGCAUUUUAAAGAGUUUAGACAUGCUUAUUGUUGUCCAGUCACAAAGGUUUAUCAUCCAAUACAUGACCAAUCAUUUUAUUUAACCGUUGAGCAUAAAAGAAAUCUCAAAGCGGAGUUUGGGAUCGAACCGUGGACUUUUGUGCAAAAUCUGGGAGAAGCUGUGUUUAUUCCUGCAGGUUGUCCUCAUCAAGUUCGGAAUCUGAAGUCAUGCACAAAAGUGGCAGUAGACUUUGUGUCACCAGAGAACAUCAGUGAGUGUCUGCGUCUGACGGAAGAGUUUCGCCAACUUCCCAAGAACCAUAAAGCCAGUGAGGACAAACUUGAGAUUAAGAAGAUGGUGAUCUAUGCGAUCGAGCAAGCUCUCAUAGAACUUGAGACGUUACCAGAAGAGAUCAAACCAAUACUACAAUAGUAAAAGGCAGCUUUUGUGUGACAUCUAUAAAGAGCUACCAUGUUGUUGUGUUACCUUCGCUGUGUAGGAUUCUCAGAUUCUCUAUAAACAUUUGGAUUUUUCGUCUUUGUUUUUAUGACAUUCAUUGGCUUUUCGGUGAUCCGAUAAGCGCAUAGACAUAGCUAAAUAUGAUUAUAUAAACUGGUUACCUUUUGGAAGCUA